CUCUAAAACCUCUUAUCCUUCAGGCAUUUAAUUUAAUUUAAUUUAAUUGCUAGUAAAUGCUCAAAUGCUCAGCCUCUUCUACAAUAGAUUCGCGUGUCAAUUUCUUUUGGGAACAUCUCAUACUUGCAACAUGGUAGGAGUGAGUAGAACUGCCAAAUGCAUGUCGCCUGAAACAUAUCCUUUACUGUGAGUACUCGGUAGUACUUGGUCUGCACUAAUGCGUGGUACGAGAAAUUAAAACUCGUCGACGCAUGCUUUAAUUAUAGGCCUUUUUAGUUUGAUUCGUUGUCCUUUUAUCAUGUUCGGUACAAGUUUGUGUUUUGGUAACAUGGAGGAUGACUCGUUGUCCUUUUUAUCAAACCGAGAUUGUUUUGAUGAGAUGCAUGCUGGUGGGGGGCUUUGUCACCUUUUUCCCUAUAAAAAAGAAUGGAAGAUGAGCAGUAGAAUCAGCAGGUUUCUCGUGCACUAGUUUUAGUGUAGCUCUGGCCUUGUUCCUUUUAUUAUCUGUCUAUGAGACGUUUCCCUUUUUCCUAUUGAAGUAGAGCUCAACCACGAAAAAAUUGGCAUAUGGCCAAUACCAAAUAGUUGAGAACUAUGACUUCUUUGUUGUUACUAUUUUAUUCUUUGGUCAUGGCUGGUGAUAAAGUUGUACCAACGAACGAUGAGUCUCUCGGACUUAGAACUGUGCAUUCUGGCUGAACCGGGGACAAAAAAAAAAAGGGUAGAAGAAAAAGAUGUUGCAGUGCAUGAGGCUCUUGCUGAGAUCUAGGGAGGGAUCAAUUGAGGAUGGAAGUUUAACUUGUGGAUACUCUAGCUUCAGGGGACAAAGAGUCAGCAUGGAGGACUACUGUGAUCUAAAAUCAACUAAAAUUGAUGGGCAUACAGUUCAUCUUUUUGGAAUAUUUGAUGGACAUGGUGGUUCACAUGCUGCUGAAUAUUUGAAGGAACACUUAUUUGAGAACCUCACGAGGCACCCACAAUUCAUGUCGGACACAAAACUUGCAUUAAGUGAAACAUAUAAAAAAACUGAUUCAGACUUUUUAGCUGCUGAAAGCAAUACUUCCAGAGAUGAUGGUUCUACAGCUUCUACAGCUGUUUUGAUUGGCAAGCACUUAUAUGUAGCUAAUGUUGGAGAUUCACGUGCUGUAAUAUCAAAAACAGGCAAAGCAAUUCCUCUCUCCAAUGAUCACAAGCCAAACAGAAGUGAUGAGCGCAAGAGGAUUGAGGAUGCUGGAGGUGUUGUCACGUGGACUGGCACUUGGAGAGUUGGAGGCAUAUUGGCGAUGUCACGAGCAUUUGGUAACCGCCUUUUGAAACAAUUUGUUGUGGCAGAGCCUGAGAUUCAGGAGCAAGUGGUGGAUGAAGAAUUGGAAAUUCUGGUGUUGGCUAGUGACGGGCUGUGGGAUGUGGUAGCAAAUGAGGAUGCUGUCUCACUUGUGAGAGUGGAAGAGGAACCCGAGGCUGCUGCUCGGAAGUUGACGGAGACCGCCUUCUCGCGCGGCAGCGCAGACAACAUUACAUGCAUCGUGGUCAGAUUCCACCACGACAAGUUUGACGUAGAUCAGUCUCCUUCUCCUCCUCCCAACAGCUAUUCAGGCUUGACGUCUUGAAGUAGUCUUCCCAUCCAUAUAUAUAUAUAUGUAUCGUUGGCUUGGUGGUGUGUACAACAUAACCUGCUCUUCGCGUGUUCCUCGAUCUCCCCUGUCAGCGGUCUAUUGGCUGAUAAUUCCUCUUCAUUUAUUUAUUUAUUUAUUUUCCAAGUUAUAGGAAAUCCCCAAAGAAGAGCGUUCUGUUCCUGUUUCAAUCUGCUCCGAAUGGUAUAACACAAUUUUAGAUUCACGACUCGGAAUGGAUAUGGAUUGUUUGUCGAUGUGGCCAUCACAUAUACAUCACAAGCAUUCUGACUUAAAAUUUUAGAUAAA